UGUUGCUCCUACUGGUCAGUCAGGGAGAGUUCUACACAGAAGAAGUCCUCCAGACUACAGCAGAGGGAGAAAUUCCCAGCAGUACAGAGGGAAAGUGUCCGCUAAAUAUUCUCUCCUCUCUGGAUCUGACUGAAGUGACAGCAGCUGACGGAGCUCUCUCUAACCCUCCACUACAAGAGCGACUCAUCUGUGCAUCUUAUAAUUAACAACCUGCUUCCGAACUGUCUGGAACCUCUCCUCUAACACACCCUGAGGAAGGUUUUCCUGACCCCAGCCAUGUUUUCCUUCAUCCCCUCCCUCCUCCUCCUCCUCCUCCAGGCUGCUCCCGCCCUCCUGACCCCAUCGCCCUCCCGUGAGGUACAGGUCAGAGGUCAAGGGUUGCCAAGGGACAACAAGCAUGACUCCAUCAAGGUGGUGAUCUCCGAAGGCUGCGUCACCCAGGGGGAUUCAUCUGAUGUCAGCAUGGGAGGUAAAGAAAUAGACCUGACCGCCGGUUCCCCUCUGAUCCUGACCCAUAAGAUCAAACUGGUUCCAUCAGGAUUUGGUUCAGGAUCCGGGUCUUGUGGUUGUGAGGCGGACUUCGCUGCCCUGCGUGAGCGUCUAGAGAGGCUGGAGAGGGAAGUGUCAUCCCUCAGGGAGAAAUGUGAAGGACCUGAGGGGGGCUGCUGCACCACCAAAGAGAGCAAAGGUGCAGGAUGCUCCAUUAAAGCCGAGACGGACGAGUGUCCCAACGAGUGCAGUGAUCAGGGUCGCUGCGUGGACGGAAAGUGUGUCUGCUUCCCUGGUUACAGUGGACAGGACUGCAGCGAGUCCAACUGUCCCGGAAACUGCAACGACAAAGGCCGGUGCGUGAACGGACAGUGUGUGUGCGACCCUGGUUUCACCGGCCCCGACUGCUCUGAAAGCUCCUGUCCUGGAAACUGCAACAACCGUGGCCGGUGCGUGAACGGCAAGUGUGUGUGCAAUGAAGGCUCAACCGGUCCCAGCUGCUCGGACGAAUCCUGUCCCGGAAACUGCAACAACAAGGGCCGCUGCGUGAACGGAAAGUGCGUGUGCAACCCUGGGUUCACCGGCACCGACUGCUCCAACAGGGCUUGUCCUAACAACUGCAGUGAUCGGGGUAGGUGCGUGGACGGGAAAUGUGUGUGCGACAGCGGUUUCACUGGUGCCGAUUGCUCUGAGAAUUCAUGCCAAGGGAACUGCAACAACAAGGGCCGCUGCGUAAACGGACAGUGUGUGUGUAACCCGGGGUUCACGGGUCCAGAUUGUUCCAAAAGAGCAUGUCCUGAUAACUGCAACAACCACGGGAGGUGUGUGAACGGUAAAUGUGAGUGCGAGAGCGGAUUCUCCGGUCUCAGCUGCUCAGACGAAUCCUGUCCUGGAAACUGCAACAAUAGGGGGCGCUGUGUGAACGGAGAGUGCGUUUGCGAUGAAGGAUUUGGCGGCCCGGAUUGCCUCGAAAUAACAUGCCCCAACGACUGCACCGAUCGCGGCAAGUGCGUGGACGGGAAAUGUGAGUGCGAAAGUGGUUUCACCGGAGACGACUGCUCGCAGGUGUCCUGCCCAGGAAACUGCAACAACAAGGGGCGCUGCGUGAACGCACAGUGUGUGUGUAACCCCGGGUUCACGGGUCCAGAUUGUUCAAAAAGAGCAUGUCCUGAUAACUGCAACAACCGCGGGAGGUGUGUGAACGGUAAAUGUGAGUGCGAGAGCGGAUUCACCGGUCCCAGCUGCUCAGACGAAUCCUGUCCGGCAAACUGCAACAAUAGGGGGCGCUGCGUUAACGGAGAGUGCGUCUGCGAUGAUGGUUUCACAGGAUCAGACUGCUCUGAAAAAGCAUGUCCAAAUAACUGCAGCAACCGCGGGAAGUGCGUCAACGGGAAGUGUGUUUGCGAGGUGGGCUUCGCCGGGCCAGACUGCAGCGCCAAAGGCUGUCCCGGUAACUGCAACAACAAGGGCCGCUGCGUCAAAGGGAAGUGUGUAUGCCGCCGAGGGUUCAAAGGGCCAGACUGCAGCCAGUGUGAGGACGGCAUGACCGGACCCAACUGUGAUACCGCCAUGUCGGGGGUUUCUCAGCUGAGCACCAGAGACAUCACAGAGACGGAUGUCACUCUGUUCUGGACUCCACCCAGGGUCCAGUAUGACACCUACCACCUCAUCUUCAGCAGCCAGAAGGAGAGUGACCAGCAGAUAAGUGUGCAGGUGGAGGGCAGCCUGACCACCUUCACCCAGACGGGCCUGGCAGCCGGUCAGGAAUACACCGUCAGCAUGACCGGAGAGGUCGACGGCAGGAGGGGAGCCGAGAGCACCACUCAGUUCAUGACCCUCAUCUCCGGUCCAACCAAUCUCAGAGUCGUCAAAACAACCUCCACUACUGCAGUGGUCCAAUGGGAGCAUUCACAGGGGGAGAUUGACAGGUACCGUUUGACCGUCACACCCAGCGACGGGGAAGGAAGGAGUCAAGAGUUGACCAUCCCACCUGGUCAAGACUCCGCCCACAUUGAGCAGCUGGAGGCGGGCAGUUUGUAUGACAUCCUACUCGUAGCUGAGAAGGGCACGAGUCGGAGCAAACCAGCUACCACUCAGGUUACCCCGGGCCCGGAGCCUCCGAAAGACAUCGUCUUCAGUGAGGUGACAGAAAACUCUCUGACGGUGUCCUGGACCAAACCAAACAGUCCCAUCAGUGGAUUCAAGGUCACCUACACCCACACAGAGGAUGGUGAGCCGGUGUCGGUGUCCAUAGACAAAGGUGACUCCACCGUCGGCCUAUCACAACUCUCUCCUGGUUCGUCUUACGAGGUCAGCGUGGUCUCCAUCCUCGGGCUGGACGAGAGCGAUCCCAUAACAGACUUUGUCAUGACAUUGCCUGACCCGCCUACAGACCUCCGAGCCGUCAACGUCACCGACACCAAGGCCUUGUUACUGUGGCGACCAGCAUUGGCUGCUGUGGAUAAAUACGCCAUUGUUUACGGCACUGGAACAGACUCAGAGUUGAGGGUCACAGUGUCUGGAAACACAGCGGAGCAGCAGCUCAGCGGCCUGCAGGGCUCCACCACCUACACCGUCACCAUCACCAGCCAGCUAGGCAGCAUGGAGAGCUCGGCGGCCACCACCAGCUUCACCACCACCUCAGGCUCUGGAGGGGAUGGAGACGGGUUUGGCGAUCUCCAGGCCAAGGACGUGACCCCUCGCACUGCACGGUUGUCAUGGAAACCACCUGCAAAGCCUGCGGGCAGCUACAGACUCACUUAUCAAACUGAAGGUCAAGGAGUGAAGGAAGUGAUUGUGGACGGCUCGGUGACAGAGUUCAACCUGACCAGACUCUACCCCUCUUCCAAAUACACGGUGCAGCUUGAGGCGGAGACCGGAGGACGAUACACCUCUACCCUCUCCACUGACUUCACCACCGGCAUCCUGAGGUUCCCCUUCCCCACGGACUGCUCUCAGGAGCUGCUGAACGGCAUCUUGACGUCAGGAGAGGUGGAGAUCUUCCCUCAGGGGAGAUCUGGGACUCCCAUGAUGGUGUACUGUGACAUGGAGACGGACGGAGGAGGCUGGACGGUGUUCCAGAGGAGGAAGGAUGGCUCUGUGGAUUUCUUCAGAGGAUGGAAGGAGUACAUUAAAGGAUUUGGGAGUCUGAGUGGGGAGUUUUGGCUGGGACUGGAUAACCUCUACAACCUGACAUCCAUGACCAAGAUGACUCUGCGUGUCGACCUGCGACACCAGGACGAGGCCGUGUUCGCCAAGUACUCCACGUUUGAGCUGGUGAAGAGGAACUACAAACUCAUUGUGGGCGGAUACAGCGGCACUGCAGGUGACUCUCUCAGUUAUCACAAUCAGCGGAUCUUCUCCACCAAAGACCGGGACCUGGCGCCCUUCAUCACCCGUUGUGCCAUAUCCUACCGAGGAGGCUGGUGGUACAAGAACUGCCACGAGGCCAACCUCAACGGUGUCUAUGGCAAAGACAUCAAUCACCAGGGUGUGAUCUGGACUACCUGGAAAGGAAAACAGUUUUCCAUCGAGUUCGCUGAGAUGAAGAUGAGACCAGCGGCCUUCAGUCCUCCAAACCGAGGCUGAGGACGAGGAAGAUCAUAAUGAACUGCUUAACAUGAUGCGUGAUGAACAGCAGUGUGUACAUACAUGUGCAAACACGUGCGUGUUCUAACACUCUCGAUUUAGCCUCGCUCUGACUUCAGGGGAGACAAAGACGUAUUUUUUCAUUUGUAUAGAGGUCAUUUAUCAGUAUGUUACUGUAGGUUGUACAGGUUUUAUCUUUCCAAAGCAAGGCUUCUCUAACUGUCUCUACAUGUACAUUUAAAGUGUCAGUUUACCCAAAAUACAAAAACGCACAUGUUACCGUUCAAAAGUGUUGAAUCUCCUACCAAAAACACUUGAUUUGGUCCAGUCACAUCCGAAAGGACUCCGUACGCUGUACAAUAGUUCAACAAUGUAAAGGGAGAUCAGAAAAAAAAAUGUUUUAGUGUGCGUGCUUAUACUGUACAUUGCAGUAUUUGGAGUGCCUUCAGACUCAUAAACUGUUAUAUAUGACAACCCAGUCAGUUUUUGUGGGCUACGAGUCAGAUAACAUGGGAUUCAAGCCAUUCAGAUUUGGUUCUCCUUUCCAUGUUACAUGCAGGCUUAUUAGACUAUAAUAAAGUGUAAUAUGAACAUUAAAACUGCCGUUGCCAACACAUUUUUAGCAUCUUUUGCCAAAGAUUUGAUAAUACCCUCUCAGCACAUUGUAAUUCAAGUGGUCUGAGAAAAACUUGACCCCUGCACUUUUUCAUCGCUGUGUAUUUUAGGCUUUAGAAAAGCUGGCCUAAGACUUAAGCUAACCAAGGGCCAUAUUACUGAGACAGGCCGAGUGUUUACUUGCUCUUCUACAUAUACAUAAUGUCUGUCCACAUCCUUUAGUGAAAGGUGAUGCAGAGAAAAUGUUGCUAACAAGCUUCUCAUCUCAGUUGUGGUUGCUGUCGUGAACUAACGUAAGCGUCACGGCUAAGUUACAGAUGCCCUGGGUUAUCAUCAGGUUAAACGAUAAGCAACAUUUGUUUGUCAUCUCAGUAUGUCAUCUUAAAAGAGCUCUACAGUACUAAUACCCCACUAGUGAAGGUCUGAAGCUUCAAUGUUUCGUAACAAUGUUGGUUGCUAGCAAGUGACCAAAUAAGACCACUAAACGCCCUUGUGCCAAACAUUAGCCGCCUUUAGUUUAGCGGUGAUAACGUGAAAUCCUGUGACGUAGUUAGUUUAUGAGCUUUUUACUUCUGCCAACUGCGCAAAGGUUUCAAAAAUCGUAAAAGUCGAGGUGUGGAGUUAAUUCUGCUGAACAAAAUGUUUAAGUAUCAUAAACGUGUGUUUGCUAAAGAUGUUAUUAUCUUAAAAAUUCCAAACCCCAGUGGGAAAAUUCCUUUUGCCUACAAAAAUAUGUCAUCACUGCAUCACUCUUUUGUAACUGGAACAGGGAAUAUCAGCUCAGCACACGAUAAAAUAACAACAAUCACAGUUUAAUCCUCUUCAAUGUAACCACAGAGUAGACUGCAGGUAGCCUGAAGAAUGAUAACUCUAUAUUUAGAACCCAAUUGCACUGUUGUGCUUCAAAAAUGAUCAAGGGUCACUAAAUCUUUGAACAAUAUUCUUUUAUAUCAUAUGUGCACAAAAUUGUUUCAAAUACAAAAAUUACAUUUGGCAUCUGAAUUUCAUUGAUUUUAUCUUUGGUAAAAAGGCCAAAUAUGAAAAAAUGUACACACUUUGAACGGUAAUAUAUUUUCAACCCAAGCCAGUGGUUUUGGUUAUGUGGGCUGACCUUUUGGGAGAUUUGAAACUUCACAUUUAAUGCAGGAUCACUUUUUCAUAUGAUAUGUAUCUGGUGUUUGCAGCACUUUAACCAUAUUUUGUUUUUUAGAAUUAUGUACCAAAACUACAACUUCUCAAUGUUUUUGUAUGUGUUUUGUAAAUAAAUAUCAGCCAGUUUCUAAAGAGUUAUACAUGCAGUAAAAUACAGAAUCAUGAUUAUAUCUUGUUGCUGGCCGCUGGUCGUGCAAAAACCUUUUGUCUGCAAAAUGUUUACUAUUCAGGAAAUAAAUGAUUGUUUUGAGCUCAA